AUGCGACUACAGAUUCUACUUCACCCUCAAUUACGCAAAACUCUGCCACAAUGUGCCCAGCGCAGUCUCCAGAGGAGCGUCUGGGUCCGCUUCAAGUCACAGAUCCCUCGGCCGUCUCAAAAGCAUCUUUCACCAUUACCAAAAUCAAAGGAAACCCUUCCAGCUACACGUUCUCCAGUCACAAGAACGCUCACACCUUCAAAGACAACCACUAGGACAGGACCACCUGAACGAAUCUUAGUCUAUUACGGAGGGACAGGUAGAGCUGUCUUUCUGGGAACACUGCGAAUCACUACAGUGCUUCUAUUCGGCGCAGCAUGUCUAAUUGUUGCACCUGCAUGCUCCGUGGCUGAUUACCCCUGGUACAGCACGCCUGCGGUGAUUGCCGCCGGCGCCCUUCCAAUGAUUUUCGUCUCCUAUACUGCUGCACCGUACGUGAACUUUAUCCAUCUGGCGCUGCCCGCCUUUGCGAGGAAGUCCCGUGAAGCUGCUGUGCAGUAUGCGAAAGACCUCCCUCCCACGGCCGUGCUAUAUCUCACUAGCAUGCGAUUCAACACCAUUCCCAAGCAAACGGCUGUUCGUGUUGGAGAUCUCGUUCCGUUCAAAGAUACCCUCCGGCCAGUCACAUUCAAGAAUCUGAAUCCAUCGCCACAACGAUGGUGGCAGGGCAGAGCUCCAACCCAGUUCUAUACUGGAACCCACAGCAAACCGGGGAAACAGACAUCAGCUUUCUUUCCGGAAUUGUGGAAUGGAAUCUACCAGCAAAUUCAAAAGGCCAAGCCAUAG